AUGCUUCUCUCAAACUUUGUAGUAUUUAUUUGGUUUUGUUUCGCCGUGGCACAACCUCAGCCAUCCCAAUCAACCGCACCAUAUUGGCCAUCUCACUCAACCACACCAUCCCGACUAACUGCGCCGUCUCUACCAACCGCACCAUCUGAGUCAAACCGUCCCGACGACCACACUGCUCAUGAGCCACCAGAAGAUGAGCCACCAGAUGAUGAUUUUGAGCUAUUGAAGACCACUUUUCCACAUACAUAUGCUCAUCGCGGUUGCACUGACCAACAGAAGCGGAAUUUAGAGGUGGCUGCGAACGACGCAUGGCUGCUUGCAAAAGCACAAACCGUUCCUGUGGAGGGUUACGACUAUAACUUACCACAUUCGCAAUGGUUAGGAGACGACUGGAAUAAGCAGGGUGAUGAGACCCUUGACAAACAAUCGAGUUACAUUGCAGGAAACUUUCAGAACAUGGCGAGAUUGGUCUCGGGGAACCUGGAGAAAGACCAAAAACUCCGCUUUUGGUGCUUUCCCAGGUGGAAAAAUGAUGAUACUUGCGACAAAGCAAAAGUAUACGCUAAGAGCUGGUUUUGGUACCCAGAAGACGAAGAUCUGGCAAUCAAAAUCCACCAUACCGUUUUCUGUGAUCGGUUUUUCUGGCAGCCGGGUUUACAAUCAACAGUCGACAGACUAAAGACAAAGCCGAUGCGUGAUCAGUUGAUAAUUGACAAUGCCGUAGGAGUUUCCGCUGUCACCAUGUUACACGAAAUCUAUCACUACAGAGACAUGAUCGUCUACCCAAGCACGACGGACUAUGCCUACGGGGCACUCAAAUGCCAUGAACUGGCCACUAAAGCAGGUGGAGGGACGGAAUUAGCGUAUAGAAACGCGGAGUCAUACGCUAUUGAUGCAUUGGCUAUUUAUCUCCAGCAGACUCUUCAACUUGGGUUUCCACCUAUCUCCAGAAAAUACAUGAAUGAGGAGAUAGAUCCAGCGGGGGCCUAA